GUUAUACUUGGAAGAGAUAGUCUCACAUGUGUAAGGUUGACUUAAUUUUCAUGCUGCUCUUGUGUUGAAACAUUGGGAGAGGUUUGUUCAAUCAAUAGUUUUUCUCUGCCACUUCCUCAAAUCAAAUCUAUUUAUAUUGUAAUUUGAUGAGCACUGUGCCUUAGUAUGUAACAUCGCCUUGAAAGCCAAACAAUCGGCAAUACACUUCAACUAAUAACUUCUCAUCUAUUGCAUCUUUAUUUUAAAUUUUACAUUCUACAUCAAAUUUACUAUUCAACACAAUGUCUCGAAAGCUUCUCGCAAAUCAACAAGCUAUCCGUUUCUAUUCUUCAACUUACAAUUCAAUCUAUGAAUCGAUAAAAAUUAAACUCCAAAAUCAUUUGAAGAAUCAUGAAUUCCAAUUUAAAGCACAUCAUCAUACUUAUAGUGAUACUAGCAUUAGAAAUCAACAUAAAAUCUCAGGUGAUGGUCUUUGGUCACCAACAUUACACUUCGAGAAAAACCAGCUUUCACCUUCAUCAUCCUCUUUAUACUCAUCAUUAUCAUCAACCUCAGAACUAGAUCAAACUAAUUGUAAUAACGAUAAACCCCGUCGAGUGACCGUUAUUGGUGGAGGAAGCUGGGGAUCAGCUAUAUCAAAAGUCAUUGCUGGAAAUGUAACUAAAUAUCCUGAUCUGUUUGAUCCAGAAAUUGUAUUAUACCUUCGUGAUGAAAACUUAAGGCUGGUCAUCGAGAAGACUCGUGUCAACAUUAGAUAUUUACAGAUUAAGCUUCCAACAAAUAUUAAACCAGUCUCGGAUUUGAAAGAAGCAAUAAGUCGAAGUGAUGUUCUAAUUUUCGCUAUCCCGCAUGAAUACAUUAAAGACGUCUGUUUCAAGAUUCCAAAGAGAAGUAUUCUAACGCCAAGGCCUGUUGGUGUUUCAUUAAUUAAAGGUCUUCACAUUGAUGGUAAUGGAAAUUUAGAACGCACCACUCAAAUCAUCAGUCGAAUGCUAGACAUACCCGUGGGGGCUCUCUCAGGUGCCAAUGUUGCUCUCUCUGUAGCUAAGGAAGAGUUCAGUGAAGCAACCCUUUCUCCGCCAUUGCCAUCAUCACCAAAAGUUGACGAGAUGCUCAAUAAAUUGUUUGCAACUUCUUACUUCAAAAUAUCUACCUGUUAUGAUACCCCAACUGUCGAGAUAUGUGGUGCCCUAAAAAACGUUAUUUCCUGUGGUGCAGGAAUAAUUGAUGGUAUUGGAUAUGGUGUUAAUACCAAAGCAGCCGCAAUUCGAGCUGGUAUUAGAGAAUCAAUCCGUUUCGUAUCAAUUUUCCACCCUGAAUAUAAACUGAGCACUUUCUUUGAAAACUGUGGAAUCGCUGAUGCGAUAGGAAGUAGCUUUGGUGGUCGAAAUCGUAAAGUUAUUGAACAAUUCGUUAAAAGUACAAAAUCAUUGGCUGUUUUAGAACGUGAAAUUUUAGGAGGACAAAAGCUUCAAGGUCCAAGCACUGGAGAAGUUGUUAACCGUUUGCUGGACAAUAGAAAUUUAUGUGAUCAAUUUCCCUUUUUUACAACCAUCCAUCGCAUUUGUAAUCGUGAAGAAGAGCCCAGAGCAAUUUUAAAAGCCUUGGAAUUAAGCUGCUAACAGAUUUCUGAUUAGCAUUUACAUUUAGCAAUUAUGAAGUCUGGAAUCGGUUGUUCGAUUUUCACUAAUGCUCUAGUUUCACCAAAACUAGACUUUAAAUUAGGCUGUUUAACUCCUAUCAAACAUAUCGAUUAUAUCAAAAUUAUGGAGGAUGGAUUAGUCUUGGUGAAAAAUCGAUUCCUAAUUAACCAAUUUAAUCUGCCAGCUAUCAAUUAGUUGAAAUAAUGUGAUUUCCAAUAGUAUUAUAUUCUAUCUGUUUUACAUAAAAUCUUUAAGUCAUUGGUGUCCUGAUGAUUCAAGUUAAAUGAAUUGGAUCCAGGCUUAAUAACUAAUAUUUGCUCAGUUAUAUCAGCUUUUUAUAAACGAUUAACCAUCAGUUGUUUUUGAUUAACUCUAGUCUUUGUUGCCAUCUACCUACCAGAAUCUAAUUCCAAAACUCAAUUUUACUGAAUCUCAAUUUAUCUCUGUUGUAUCUCAAUCUUAUCUUUCACAAAUCUAUUCUCUGUUAAUAAAAAUAAUUAUUUUACGAAUGCUGACAAUUGCAGCAUCCUGGUGUGA